AUGGAUAAAAAGAGUUUACCACACCCGACUUCGAAAGAAGGAGUUAGAAAACUGAAGAGAGUGGCGUUGAAAUUCACAUCUGGUUUCAUAUUGACGGUGUUCGUCAUUGCCCUCUCGUACAACAAGUACCUUUCCAUACAGCGCGAUGAUCAGUUCGAACAGCAGCUGGUAGAUACAAUCCAGCAAGCACAAGAGCAGUUUUUGCACGAACAAGCGCACCUGAAUUCUGGAGGUGAUGCUGACGGUGACACGUUCCAGUUGAAACACAUAUACCACCAUGGAACUGGCGAGGAACAUCACAAGGUACACCGCCGACUUGAUAUCACUAACGAAUACUUACACAAGAAUGAUCUUAUCAAUUUUCUGGUUGAAGAUGCAGAUAAUGAAGCACUGUUCAAUUCUGAGAAUCUUGAGGAAGUCUACAGGCAGAUGGACUGGCCCAAGAUCCACAAGGGUAAGAAUCCAUGGACCAUUGAACUUCCGAUUAAAACAGACAAGAAGCAAAAGGGGAAAGUGCGGCGUUUAACUGAACGUCAUACGCCUAAUUUUAUCGAGUCUUAUUUGGACUAUGCUAUAGAGGUGAAGGGGAACCCACUGAUAUUGAACAUGAUGCAGUUGCAGUGGGACGACGAAGAGGACAUUCUGAUUCCCAACGUCAAGGAUAAGGAUACCAUCGUUUCUUUGGCUACGAUUUCGUCGAACGCGUAUGUUAGAAUUCCUAAGAAUGAAGACGAGAAGAAUAAACUGGACUGGAUCGAUGUUGGAGAACCUUGGGGGUUGGCCGAUAACACAUCAGCUGAUCCUGCGUUCGGCUGGGAAUCUGAUGGACUUAGGGGCCACAUUUUUGUAAGCAAGGACAACAAGACAGUUGUUAUUGGUAUUAAGGGGACCUCAGGAGCAGGGUUACCAGGAAGUGGAAGUGAAGAGACCCAAGUUAAAGAUAAGACUAAUGAUAAUUUGCUCUUUCUGUGCUGCUGUGCCCGUGUGGGGUAUAUGUGGACCACUGUUUGCGACUGCUAUGAAAAGACUUAUACAUGUAACCAAGAUUGUCUUGAGAAGGAAUUAAUUAGAAAGGACAGAUACUAUCAAGCGGUGAUAGAUCUUUAUAGAAACGUCAGUUCUAUUUAUCCUCCGGAAACGACCAACAUAUGGUUGACUGGACACUCCUUAGGUGGAGCACUAGCUUCUUUAUUAGGCAGAACAUUUGGAUUACCAGCAGUUGCAUUUGAAGCUCCCGGUGAAAUGUUGGCUACAAAAAGAUUGCAUUUGCCACAACCACCUGGAUUACCUAAAUAUUUGGAGAAUAUUUGGCAUUUUGGGCAUACUGCAGAUCCAAUCUUUAUGGGUGUGUGUAAUGGAGCCUCAUCUACAUGUAAUGUUGCUGGUUAUGCAAUGGAAACCUCGUGUCAUACCGGGAAGCAAUGUGUUUACGAUGUUGUGACAGAUAAAGGAUGGAGUGUGAGUGUGCUCAACCAUAGAAUUCACACAGUAAUUGACGACGUCAUACUAGCUUACAAUGAAACAGCUCCAUGUUUUGACCAACCUCCAUGCAGAGAUUGCUUUAAUUGGAAGUUUGUCAGCCAUGAUGAUGAGAAGAAGAAAAAGAAAGUUAGCUCUACAACAUCGCUAAAGCCGACUUCGACAAGCACGAGUCUGAAAACUUCAACAAGUACAUCGAUAACCUCCACUGACACAUCCAAGCCUACAGACUCUCCACAAAAGUGUUUAAAGAGAACUUGGUAUGGAUGGUGUGUAGAAUGGGGGUCAGAUAAUGACACAACUGUAAUUUCAACCUACAGUAAGUUUACAAAGAUAGAGAACAUUUGA